AGCAAACAGCUCAUUUCCUGUAGUUUGUGUUGUAUUGACAUCCGUCUCACACAGCCUACGUCUGUCAAAGCAGACUUCCUCGGACUUUGUGGCAGCUUUUAAUUCACCCCUCGGGAGGGUGUUAGUGUGAGGUGAGGAGGCUGGUGUCUUACAUGAGGAGAGGGCCGUGCUGAGGAGCUCCGCAGCCGGACAGGAGAGAUGACGCCUGGGCUGCUACUAGUGUUUGUCGGGGGGCUGCUGGAGGUCUGCAGCAGCAUCUCAGCAAACAGAGGGGGGUACCCUUCCUUCACAGACGAAAUACCUUUCAAAAUCACCUGGCCAGAUACUGACUUCACACUGCCAACGUCAGGUGCACUUUACAGCGAAGAUGACUUUGUCAUCAUGACAACAACAGAGAAGGAGAAGUACAAAUGCCUGCUUCCCUCCCUGACAGCUGGAGAAGAGGAUAAUGAUAAGGAGUACAGCGGGCCUGGUCCGGGUGAACUGCUAGAGCCGCUGUUCAAACGAAGCAGCUGCUCCUACAGGAUUGAGUCGUACUGGACGUAUGAAGUGUGCCAUGGAAAGCACAUUAGACAGUAUCAUGAAGAGAAGGAGACUGGUCAGAAAAUUAGUGUCCAAGAGUACUUCCUGGGGAAUAUGGCACAGAAGAGCCAGUCCACUGAGACAGAUAAAGCUGAGGAGGCAGAAAAUGUCAAAUCAACUGCUGAAACAGAGGUGCCCACUAAGAACAUAGAGGGUCAGCUCACUCCCUACUACUCGUUGGAAAUGGGGAAUGGGACCCCUUGUGUGCUGAAACAGAACCAGCCUCGCUCCACAAAUGUGCUGUAUGUCUGUCAUCCUGAGGCCAAGCAUGAGAUCUUGUCUGUCGCUGAAGUCACAACCUGUGAAUACGAGGUGGUGGUGCUGACGCCGCUGCUUUGUGCUCACCCAAAAUACAGAUUUAAGUCGUCCCCGGUGAACGCCAUCUUCUGUCAGGCUCUGGCUGGCUCCCCUCUGCGGCCUCAGCGGCUUGCCCAGUUGGACAAGGAGCAAGAGGAGCAGCUUAAACCUCCUUUUGGCGCCACCUCUGAAACCAGAGAGGAAGAGGCGCCACCAGUGAGAGAAGAGGCCUUCACCUCCACUCACAAACCGAUGACUGUAGGAGGGCAGUCUCAGGUCACUGUCGGUACUACUCACAUCUCUCGUUUAACAGAUGACCAGCUAAUCAAGGAGUUCCUCAGUGGCUCCUACUGUCUACAUGGGGGGGUAGGGUGGUGGAAAUAUGAAUUCUGUUACGGAAAGCAUGUCCAUCAAUAUCAUGAGGAUAAAGAGCAAGGAAAGAACAUUGUGGUGGUGGGGAGCUGGAAUGCCGAGGAGCACAUUGAGUGGGCCAAGAAGAACGUUGCCAGAUCCUACCAGCUCAAAGACGACGGAGUGCAGAAAGUCAAGUUGGUUUCCCACUUUUAUGGCCACGGGGAUGUUUGUGAUCUUACAGGGAAGCCCAGACAGGUCAUUGUCAAGCUCAAAUGUAAGGAGUCUGAGUCUCCCCAUGCUGUCACUGUCUAUAUGCUGGAGCCUCAGACUUGUCAGUACAUCCUUGGGGUCGAGUCUCCAGUCAUAUGCAGGAUUCUUGACACUGCUGAUGAACACGGGCUUCUGUCGCUCUCCAGCUAAACUGACAGAGAUCAUGUGGAUGCAGCAGUGCAUGAAGAACAAGGAGAGGACAGACAAAGAGGGGUGCACAUGAAGAGAGACAAAUAAAAAGAUAAAGAUAAGAUGGUGGAGGAACAGAGAUGCCCAUGACACUGCGCUAAAAGCCAAAAAUGGAAGGUUAAAUAGAGGUUAAUCUUGAUCUUUAGGCUGGACCUCAUGUAGCCCAGGAGCACAGCCCCAGCCCACACUCUGAUCUGUGCAAUGGACAAUGCUACAAGCCUAAUUCAGCAGACAAGCUCAGACUUUGAAACGCAGUGAAACAGGGCUGACACCUCUCUCUGCAAGGCAGUGGAUUUAUUGCCUAUUCCUCAUAUCUAUGCUUCACUUUGAGUUGAUUAAUUGCAAGUAAAGGAGUGAUGAAUCAGGGGAUUCAAAAUUAUCAGGGGAAUCAACAAUAUUCAUGGUGGUUUUAUUGUCUUUAAGGUCUGUAUUUGUGUGUGUGUGUGUGUGUGUGUGUGUGUGCUUGCGCGUGUGUGCGAUAUGAAUUGAGUAGCUGUUUGACUGUGGCACUUGUAGAUAUGAGAAAAAGUAGGUCUGAAAAAGUUUUUUUUUUUUUUUUUUGGAGCAGUUUGAAUGUUUGCUGUGUUGAUUUACAGGAUGAGUGAGUGUAACUUAUGCAUUAGAAGAUGUUGUGGAAUAGCAACAGAAGUGUGUGGUUGAUUAAAAUUUGAUAUAAGUUUGUAGGAUAUACCGAAUGUCCUUGGGCUCCCAUAAGAGGUAUUCUGUGGUUGUAUGAAAAUGCACACUGGGAUCCUGAUCACUGCUGUAUCACGGAAAUAAAAACCAAUGCAUUUGCAAGAAAAAAUAAAACUAAAACAUGAAAGCUCAUUAAGAA